AUGGCCGGCCCCGCAAGGUCUGGCUUCCCCUCGCACACCAAUAGCCGUCUGGACGCGUUCCUGCGGAGGCAGCUGCCCCCCGAGGUCUACGACGCCAUCCGCGCCUACGAGCCGUGCAUCGUGGUGUCCGAGUCGGAGAAGCACGCCUUCAAGUACGUGGUGCUCAGCGAUCGGCUCAUCUACCUGACCGAGAACCCGCCCAAGUCCAUCCGGCGAGCCCUGGCGCUGCGGGACGUCGUGGCCAUUGACCUGAUUGAUGAUUACCCACAAUUUUUGAGUCCACCAGAUAGAGAAACCAACCAACAUAUUCGUAUCAUCCAUUCUUCAAAUGUUUUUAAAAAAGAGCAUGAAAAAUCAAAAGGUGUCAAGAAAUUCUCAUUUCCAUUUCAUCAUGGUACUUCUGACAACAAAAAAGUCAAAGAAGAGAUUAAUGGCUCUGUCUUUUGGAGAGGCAAAGAGCCCAGAAAUUUGAAUGAAUCCUCUCUCAGGUACCACCAAGAGAGCAGAACACCAUCCAAGGACGCUACAUUUUGCCCUUCAGACCUCAAGGAGCUGUCUUCUCAUGGCCAAAGUGCCCUUCGACCCUUACCGACCCCCUCCAGGAGGAGCUGUCAGUCCACAUCAGCCCCUGGAAAGGCUGUCAGCGUGCCAUCUUGCACAACCAACACAAAAGAACCCAAGGGACUUCCAGAUCACAAAGGUUCUCUAAGUGAAAUCCCUUUCAAGUGCAAUGGGAAAGGAAAUGAGUUUCACUUAGGAAAUUCCUCCCUGGCCUCUCCUUUACAGAACAACCCAAACCUAGAGAAAAAGGCAUCGGAACUUCAUUUGUACAUUAUUUCCACAACCUCAUCAAUAUUUCUGCACUUAAAAAGUUCAUGGAACAAUUAUAUUAUAAAAGCUACUCUUUUACAAGAUCCCUUAUAUGUUAGUGAGCUCAGUCCUGCUAUUGGAACUCAAAAGCCAUAUAGAUCUGAGGAGAAAAUAAAGCACUUCAGUCAACUGAAAUCUGAACUUUUUCUUAAAGACAAUACUUUAAGGAAGAUACUUUGCUUGAUUACAGAACUUAAAGUAGCAGCCCAGAAAAACUUCAUUCUGAAACGGCUUUUCUGGAAAACCAGUGACCUUUUCUAUUUCCUGGUGAACAAACUUCAUGAGUACUUGCCAGAGUCUAGGGAUAAGAGCUCACUGCAAAAUAAAAGCCAAAGGGCCGAUGAGCUGGUAGCAUGCAUUGAAAUUAUACAGACUCUGGGCCUGAUGUUCAGAGAAACAGAAACUGAGUCAUCGCGCCUGAGCACGUUGGCAGCUAAAAAGGGAACACUGUUUAAUCUUUUGGUAAUUUUAAUUAGUGAACCUCGGAUUCCAAAAUCUUGUCCUGUGUUUGAUAUCCAGUUGGUGGCUGAUUCAACUUUAGUUGAGAUGUCUUUUGAUGCUAAGUUACAGAAGCUUAUCGUGGAAUAUACAGACACAGCUACAGCACUUUUAUAUGAGAUACUUCUUGUCUUUCAGCAGGGAACUCUUGGAUUGGGAUCCACUAAGUUUGCUAUUAGCUGGAUGAUGUCCUUCCUCCAGAGUCGUCCUCCCACAAUCACUUUCGUGGCCAGUAUUGUGAAACAAAUGGUAAAGGGGCUUUCAGCUUCAUUUCCGCUGCUAAGUCCCAGCCAAGCAGUUCUGCUGUAUCAGCAAUUUUACAUCCUCAGGAGCUGCCUGAAGCACAGCAAGACUUUAGCUGAGUAUAUUAGGAACGACUACAGAGAAGAAUUCAGGUACUUCAUUCACGUGCCAGCCUUGGAAAAAAGGCUCCCACUGUGGUACCCUCUUACCCAACCUACCAUUCAACUUUUUCAUGAAGUUCUGAAAUUAGUUGAACAGAAACAAUGUGUGAAAUAUUAGUAGAGUCUAAAAUGUAAA